GAAAAUUACAGUUAUGGUUUUUCUCACUCUAUCCAAUGUAGAGGAAUUUGUCAGUAUUCCGAUUUGAUUCUUUUAGUAUUCCUUUGUAGAAUAUGUGAUAGAGCCAACAUGGCAAAUUCCGUUAAAGAGGGUCAGCCACUACUUUUUUUAUGGUGGCUGCUGCGGCUCCUCUUCAACAUUUCCAGAUCAUAAACUUGUAGAAAUGGGAUAAUUCUCACUGUUAGAUUGAGAAUUGAAUUGGGUUUUCUGGAAUCUUGACAUGGGGUCUUGAUUUAUGAGAUUUGGAUAUGUCUGAGUGAGCUCUAUAGGCGAUUCGGGUCGACUGGUGGGUGUUCGGAUGCUAUGUUGGAUUUUUGUUUUUGGGUUUUGGAUUGGUUAUGGGUGUUUUGGUGAUGAGUGAAGGAUAAGGAUUGUGCACCCACAUAUACAUGUUAGUCAGAUUAGGCUUCUUGGUUGCUGCUUCAAUUGCAGCUUAUGCAGUUAGGCAGGUCAACUGCCCGAGGCCAACCGCUUCUAGAAAGCGUUCAGAAAAUGCUGAAGAAAGCUUUGAACAACAAAGAAAUGAAGAAGCGGAGAGCAAGCAGCAUGCGGAUAAUGGUGGCCUGGAAGACGAGCAUAUGGAGGAGAAAGAGGAGGAGGAAGAGGUCAAAAGAAUCAGCAGUGUCAUCAGCCCAUCUUUGAGUAAUCACGCUCUUUUAGAUGACGAAGAAUCAAUCCUACCCGAAUUCGAAGAUCUUCUAUCCGGCGAGAUAGAAUUUCCUCUACCCAAUGACAAAUUCGAUCUUAAAACCAAUUCUGAGCCUUCAAAAGACAGUUCAUCGUACAGAACAGAGAUAGCGAGCAAUGCUAGUGAAUUAGAAAGGUUACGGAACCUUGUGAAGGAAUUGGAAGAGAGGGAAGUGAAACUCGAAGCAGAAUUGCUAGAAUACUACGGCCUGAAGGAGCAAGAAACAGAUGUUGUGGAGUUACAAAGGCAGCUAAAGAUUAAAAUGGUCGAGAUCGACAUGCUGAAAAUUACCAUUAACUCACUGCAAGCAGAAAGGAAGAAACUCUAUGAAGAAAUCUCACAAGGCGCUUCAGUAAAGAAAGAUCUUGAGAUGGCAAGGAAUAAGAUCAAAGAACUACAAAGGCAGAUUCAGCUUGACGCAAAUCAAACCAAAGGGCAGCUGCUGAUGCUCAAACAACAAGUUUCGAGCCUUCAGAUGAAGGAGGAAGAAGCUUUGAAGAAGGAUGCAGAGGUCGAGAAGAAACUGAAGUCUGUGAAAGAUUUGGAAGUGGAGGUCGUGGAGCUGAGGCGGCGGAACAAGGAGCUGCAGCAUGAGAAGAGGGAAUUAACUGUGAAAUUGGAUGCAGCUGAGGCUAGAAUAACAGCCCUCUCCAACAUGACAGAGAGUGAAAUGGUAGCCAAGGCAAGAGAAGAGGUCAAUAGUCUACGGCAUGCGAACGAAGACCUUUUGAAGCAAGUGGAAGGGUUGCAGAUGAACAGAUUCAGCGAAGUCGAAGAAUUGGUGUACCUGCGUUGGGUGAAUGCUUGUUUGAGAUAUGAGCUCCGGAACUACCAAACGCCAGCUGGGAAGAUCUCCGCCCGUGAGCUCAACAAGAGCUUAAGCCCAAGAUCUCAAGAGAAAGCUAAACAGCUGAUGUUAGAGUAUGCUGGAUCUGAACGUGGGCAGGGGGAGACCGAUCUCGAUAGUGUUUCUUCCCAACCUUCUUCUCCUGGGAGCGAAGAUUUUGACAAUGCUUCUAUAGAUAGCUACUCUAGCAGAUUCAGCAGUAUGAGUAAGAAAACUGGUCUAAUUCAAAAGUUAAAAAGAUGGAGUAAAAGCAAGGAUGAUUCUUCUUUAUCAUCACCAGCAAGGUCUUUUGGAGGUGGGUCUCCAAGCAGGACGAGCAUUAGCCAUCGAUCGUCUGCGUCCAGGGGCCCAUUGGAAGCAUUGAUGCUGAGAAAUGCAGGAGAUGGUGUGGCCAUCACUACAUUUGGGGAGAAGGAGCAGGAUGCUUCUGAAUCAUUGAAUAGAGUGGCGGAUUCAUUCCAAGUGAUGUCUAAAUCAGUUGAAGGUGUGUCGGAUGAGAAGUACCCUGCAUACAAGGACCGUCACAAGCUGGCCUUGGAGAGGGAGAAGGCAAUCAAGGAGAAAGCAGAUAAAGCAAGAGCGGAGAGAUUCAGCGACGGUGUGAAUUCCAAAUCCAAGUUGGAUAAGCCUGUUGCAUUACCGCCGAAACUCGCUCAAAUAAAAGAGAAGGUUGUGGUGAGCAGUUUGGUUGCUAGCGAUUCGAGCGAACAGCCCAAUGACAAUGAGGUCGAUACCCCAUCGGUGAGCAAGAUGAAACUAGCCCACAUUGAGAAGCGAGCUCCACGAGUGCCUAGGCCGCCUCCGAAACCAUCGGGCAGUGAUUCUAAAGCCACCUCUGCAACUACAAAUCCUUCAGGUGGGAUACCUCCCCCACCUCCAAGGCCACCAGGUGCACCCCCACCACCACCCCCACCCGGCCCUCCAGGUGCACCACCCCGCCCGCCACCCCCACCAGGAAGUCUACCAAAAGGGUCUGGAACCGGUGAUAAAGUCCAUCGGGCUCCCGAGGUGGUUGAAUUCUAUCAGACGUUGAUGAAGCGUGAAGCUAAGAAAGAUCCCACUUCCAUAGCUUCCCGAACAUCCAAUGUGGCUGACGCCAGGGGCAACAUGAUCGGGGAGAUUGAAAACCGAUCAGCAUUCCUUUUAGCUGUGAAAGCCGAUGUGGAGACACAAGGCGAUUUUGUGCAGUCGUUGGCCACCGAAGUCCGAGCUGCUUCUUUUACUAAUAUAGAAGAUCUAGUCUCAUUUGUGAAUUGGCUGGAUGAGGAACUCUCCUUCUUGGUUGACGAACGUGCAGUUCUCAAACACUUCGACUGGCCUGAAGGGAAAGCGGAUGCAUUACGGGAGGCGGCUUUUGAAUACCAAGAUCUGAUGAAGUUAGAGAAACAAGUAUCAUCUUUCAUCGACGAUCCUAAACUUCCCUGUGAAUCUGCUCUAAAGAAGAUGUAUUCAUUGCUUGAAAAGGUGGAACAAAGCGUUUAUGCACUGCUACGAACCCGCGAUAUGGCUAUUUCACGGUACAAAGAGUUCGGAAUUCCAGUCAAUUGGUUGUUGGAUUCCGGCAUUGUCGGGAAGAUCAAGCUCUCAUCUGUUCAGCUGGCAAGAAAGUACAUGAAGAGGGUGGCAACGGAGCUUGAUGCUUUGAGUGGGCCCGAGAAGGAGCCGAACAGAGAGUUUUUGAUUCUGCAAGGCGUGCGUUUUGCCUUCCGCGUUCAUCAGUUUGCAGGAGGCUUCGAUGCAGAGAGCAUGUGCGCUUUUGAAGAGUUGAGAAACCACGUCCACGCCACCCAAACAGUAGAGGCUGAUAAGAUUGAAAUGUAACGGGUUUUCUUCUCCCCCCCCCCCGCCCUCGUAUUUAUUGUAUGUUCACAUUCUCUGCUGUAUAUUUGUAUUUAUAUUUCAAUACCACUGUAUAUUUCACUGCCUUCUCAAAGAAAAUAUAGGAUAUAUCGUGCUUUGUAAGUUAGUAACAAUUAUCAGGUCAGUUCAAGCAAAAUAUAAUUUUGUAUCUGU